AUGAGCAGAAAGUCCCAGAACAACACGGACAGUAAGUCCCAGGACAACAUGGGCAGUGAGUCACAGAACAACAUGGGCCGUGCGACCUGGAACAACACGGGCAAUGUGUCCCUGAGCAACACCGGCAAUGGGUCCUCGAACAACACGCUCAGUGAGUCUCAGAACAACACGGACAUUGAGUCUCAGAACAACACGGGCAAUGACUUCCAGAACAUUACAGGCAGCAGUGAGUCCUGGAACGACACGGGAAGCGAGUCGCAGAACAUUAUAGGCAGCAAGUACCAGAACAACACGGGCAGUGAAUCCCUGAACAACCCGGGCAGCGAGUCCUGGAACAACACGGGAAGCGAGUCGCAGAACAUUAUAGGCAGCAAGUACCAGAACAACACGGGCAGUGAUUCCCAGAACAAUACGGAUAGUGAGUCCCAGAAGAACACGGUCAGCGAAUCCCGGAACAUGAGCAAAAAGUCCCAGAACAACACGGGCUGCAGUGUGCCCUGGAACAACGCGGGCAGCGAGUCCUGCAUCAACGCGGGCAGUGAGUCCUGGAACAACACAGGCAGUGAGUCUCAGAACAACACAGGCAGUGUGCCCUGGAAGAACACGGGCAGCAAGUCCCAGAACAACACGGACAGUGAGUCCCAGAGCAAUACGGGCAGUGUGCCCUGGAACAACGCGGGCAGCGAGUCCUGCAUCAACGCGGGCAGUGAGACGUGGAACAACACGGGCAGCAACAAUUCCGAGAACAACACCGGCAGCGAGUCUCCGAACAACACGGGCAGUGAAUCCCAGAACAACAUGGUCAGUGGGACCGAGAACAAAAUGGGCAGCGAGUCCUGGAACAACACGGUCAGUAAGUCCCUGAACAAUAUGGACAAUAAAUCUCAGAACAACCCGGGCAGUGAGUCCCUGAACAACGCGGACAGUGAGUCCUGGAACUACGCGUACAGAGAGUCCUGA